AUGCUGCGCGCCGACCAGGACGAGCUCCGCGCCCCCAACGCAUCGGCCCCAGGGGGUGGCACGGCCAACCUCUUCCGGAAGAAGGCCACGCUCCCGCAGCCCCCUGCCACCGCCGCCACCCGCAAGCCCCUCCGCAUCAAAAUAGGUCAGCCAAAGUUGCCCAAAAACUUUGAGGAAGAUACUUGGGCAAUUUUGAAGGAUGCCAUUACAGCCAUAUUUCUCAAGCAGAAGCUUUCCUGCGAUGUUGAGAAACUUUAUCAGGCUGCUGGUGAUCUCUGUCUACACAAGCUAGGGGCAAAUUUAUACGAGCGAGUCAAGAAAGAAUGCGAAAUACAUAUAUCAGCAAAAAUCUCAGCAUUAAAUGUUGCAAAUCUUUGUUCAGUGUGGGAUAUGGGGUUGCAGCUGUUCCGCAAGCAUAUAUCAUUGUCUCCGGAGAUUGAACACAAAACCGUCACUGGUCUUUUAAGAUUGAUUGAGAGCGAGAGGCUUGGUGAAGCAAUAGAUAAGACAUUACUUAGUCAUCUUCUGAAGAUGUUUACUGAUCUUGGAAUGUAUUCCGAGACAUUCGAAAAGCCUUUUCUUGAAUGCACCUCUGAGUUUUAUGCUACUGAAGGUGUCAAAUAUUUGCAGCAGUCUGAUAUUCCAGAUUAUCUAAAGCAUGCAGAGUCAAGGUUGCAAGAAGAACACGAUAGGUGCAUUCUGUAUUUGGAAGCUAACACGAGGAAGCCACUUAUAGCAACUACAGAAAAACAAUUGCUACAGCGACACACAUCCGCAAUUAUUGAGAAGGGAUUUACAGUGCUUAUGGAAGCAAAUCGUGUAACGGACCUGUCGAGGAUGUACACCCUUUUUCAGAGGGUUGAUGCCAUUGAGAUGCUAAAGCAAGCACUUAGUUUAUAUAUCCGGGGCACAGGCCAGGGCAUUAUCAUGGAUGAAGAGAAAGACAAGGAUUUGGUUCCCUUUCUUCUGGAAUUUAAGGCAUCCCUUGAUAAAAUAUUAGAAGAAAGUUUUGCAAAAAAUGAGGCUUUCUCCAAUACUAUAAAAGAGUCAUUCGAGCAUCUUAUCAAUCUACGCCAGAAUCGACCGGCUGAAUUGAUUGCAAAGUUUCUCGAUGAGAAACUUCGAGCUGGAAAUAAAGGUACUUCAGAAGAAGAAUUGGAGGGAAUACUCGACAAAGUUUUGGUUCUGUUCCGAUUUAUACAAGGAAAAGAUGUAUUUGAGGCAUUCUACAAGAAGGAUCUAGCUAAGAGGUUGCUGCUGGGAAAGAGCGCAUCAAUAGAUGCUGAGAAAUCAAUGAUUACAAAGCUUAAAACUGAGUGCGGAAGUCAAUUUACCAACAAAUUGGAGGGAAUGUUCAAGGACAUUGAAUUAUCCAAAGAAAUAAAUGAUUCUUUCAAGCAAUCAUCUCAGGCAAGGACAAAGCUUCCAACUGGCAUUGAAAUGAGUGUACAUGUGCUUACAACAGGCUACUGGCCGACAUAUCCACCGAUGGAUGUGAAGCUCCCACAUGAACUCAAUGUGUAUCAGGAUAUAUUUAAAGAGUUCUAUUUGAGCAAGUACAGUGGAAGGCGUCUAAUGUGGCAGAAUUCUUUGGGUCAUUGUGUAUUAAAAGUAGAGUUCCCCAAAGGUAGAAAGGAACUUGCAGUGUCAUUAUUUCAGAGUGUAGUCCUGAUGUUGUUCAACGAUGCACAAAAGCUAAGCUUUGUCGACAUAAAGGAGUCGACUGGUAUUGAGGAUAAAGAAUUGAGAAGAACACUGCAGUCACUUGCAUGUGGCAAAGUUAGGGUUCUCCAAAAGACACCAAAAGGACGAGAUAUAGAUGAUAAGGACGAAUUCGUAUUUAAUGAAGAUUUUAGUGCUCCCCUUUAUCGCAUAAAGGUGAAUGCAAUUCAGAUGAAGGAAACAGUAGAAGAAAACACGAGCACCACUGAGAGAGUAUUUCAAGAUCGUCAGUAUCAGGUUGAUGCAGCCAUAGUUCGAAUUAUGAAGACGAGGAAAACACUCAGCCACACCCUUCUAAUAACCGAGCUUUUCCAGCAGCUCAAGUUCCCGAUUAAGCCAGCGGAUAUGAAGAAGAGAAUAGAGAGCCUAAUCGACAGGGAGUACCUGGAGAGAGACCGGAGUAACCCCCAGAUAUACAAUUAUCUGGCUUGA